CUGCCUGGGCGUGGUGUUUGGGGACAUCGAAACUCGAGAGAUAGAGAGAGAUCGCAGUUGUGUUGCUCACUCGCUGCCUGGUCUCCUGAUCCAGCGGACGCACAAGACCAUGCUGAGCGGGGCGAUGUGCUCGCUGUGCCUGGAUUUCUACCGGAACCCAGUGAAGAGCCCGUGCGGCCACAGUUUCUGCCGAAGCUGCCUGCUGCAGUACCCGGGCCACGGGCAGCUACAGUGUCCUCAAUGUCAGCAGGAGUUCGCCCAGAGCAGCGUCCGCACCGACAGGAGCCGCAGGAGGAGAGCGGACAAGGCUCGGCAACUGUUCAGCCGCCUGACCGACGACCAGGCUCUUUUAGGGGAGCAGGGAGCGGGCGCCUGCAGGUUCCAGCCGAACAGUACAAUGAAGGAGGUAGCGGAAGUGUAUAAGGAAAUGCUGCGGAACAAACUGGGUUCUCUUCAGAAGCAGAAGGAGCAUCUUGACCAGUGCCAAGGUGUAGAGGAAGCCAACCGAGUGGAACUGAAGAAAUACGUUGAAGAUCUCCGGGAGAAUAUCAUCUCAGAGUUUGCGGAAUUGAAGCAGUUUAUCAGGAGCGAAGAGGCAGCCCUGAUAGCAAGACUUGAAGAAAAGCAGAAGGUGGUGUCACGAGAAAUAGAGGAUAAUAUGAUAAAGAUUUCAACGGACUUGGCCUCUAUUAAUCAAACAAUAAGCAAAGUAGAAAGCUUGCUGGCUUUGCAAGAGGCUGAACUGCUGCAGGAUAUGAGGUCCAAUGUCAAAUGGUCCAGAGUCGAAUAUCAAGGUCCCAAAAUGCUUUCUGUUUCUCUGGCCCUGGGAGAGUUCAGUGGGCCUCUGCAAUAUAGAGUAUGGAGACGGAUGCUGAAGGAAAUAAAGACAGUUCCAGUGCCGCUGGUCAUCGAUCCCAAGACGGCACAUCCCCACCUCAGCCUGUCGGCCGAUUGCCGGCGACUGCACGCUGCCAGCGGGAAGCAACAGGCCAGGCGCCCGUGCAGGUUCGGCCGCUGCCUCUGCGCCCUGGGCUCGGAGGGAUUCACCUCGGGGACCGUCUACUGGGAGGUGAAGGUGAGGACCAACUGGGAGUGGGUGAUCGGGGUGGCCCCGCAAGCUAUCGUCGGGCUGAAGGGCCGCGGGCCCGAGGGUCGCGUCUGGGCCCUGAGGAGAUCAGGCGAGGAAUACUCGGCCCUGACCUCGCCUCACACCCUCCUGCGCCUCAGUGUCAAGCCCCAGAGGAUCGGCGUGUAUCUGGAUUACCAGGCAGGACAGCUAUCCUUCUACAACGCUGACGACAUGUCUCACCUUUACACUUUCACUGACACCUUCAGUGAGGAACUCUAUCCUUAUUUCUACACUGGCUGCAAAAUGGACCCGCUGAAGCUGGUGAGCUUGCGUUUUUAAAGAAUGGGAGGAGCCAGCUCCAUUUUUACACUUUACAUAGAAACAGGAGACAGCCAUUCAGCACAUCAGAAUCAUAGAGUUGUACAGCACGGAAACAGACCCUUCGGUCCAACUCGUGCAUGUUCACAGGACAUUCUAAAUUAACCCCAUUUGCCAGCAUUUGGCCCAUAUGCCUCUUACCCUUGCUAUUCAUAUACCCAUCCAGAUCCCUUUUAAAUGUUUUAAUUGUAUCAGCUUCCUCUGGCAGCUCAUACCAUACAUGCACCACCCUCUGCAUGAAAAAGUUGCCCCUUGGGUUCUUUUGAUAUCUUUCACCUUAAACAUAUGCCCUGUAGUUUUGAACUGGGUGAGCCUAUUCAUCCUUUCCAUGGCCCUCAUGAUUUUAUAAACCUUUAUAAGGUCAUCCCUGAGCCUCCGACGCUCCAGGGAAAAUAGCCCCAGCCUAUAUUCAGCCUCUCCCUAUAGCUCAAAACCUCCAGACCUGGCAACAUCCUUGAAAGGGUGCAGAAAAUAUUUACAAGUUUUGCUGUCCACUACAGCACCCAUUUUGAUGUCAUCUGCAAAUUUACUAACCAUACCCUGUCCAUCAUUCAAUCAGAUCGAGAACCGAUCUGUAUCUUAACUCCUGUUUACGUGCUCGGGUCCCUAUCCGCUGAUGUAUUACCUGACAAACAAAAAUUAUCAGAGGUAACAAGGUGUAGAGCUGGAUGAACACAGCAGGCCAAGCAGCAUCAGAGGAGCAGGAAGGCUGACGUUUUGGGCCUAGACCCUUCGUCAGAAAAAAAAAACAAAAAAUAUCUAUCAGUUUUGACAUUUUCAAUGCCCCGCCCCAACCCUCCAUUGUGCCAAGGAAUGCUCGCUGACAGCACUCCUGUUUCAGUCUUCAGGUUCUUCUCCCCUUGUUCAGGACCUACCCCACCCCCACCCCCCCAUCAAAGUUCCCGACCCAGGGAACUAUUUCUCCUCUUCUAUUCUGUGAAAUCCUUUUGAUGUUUGUAACAUCAGGUUAGUUGACUGGGGAACUGAGUAGCAUAACGUAACCCUCUAAAGCCCAACAGGUGUCAAAAUGUGGAAAUGUUCCUUUGGGUGAUGCUCAUCUGAGUUUAGCAUUCGGUUGUGUUAACAACGGAAGUGUUGAUGAAAUGUAACGUUAUCCUGAUCAUUUGUGAUAUUCUAACUCAACCUAGAAUCCAAUUCUCCUGCCCCCCCAACCCCCGACUUUGCUUUCUCACCAUUGCCUUGUCCUUGAAGUAACAGCUUAUCAAGGGCCAAAAAAAAAAUUUCAUUCACCACCACUAGGAGGAGUUAAAGCAAAUUAUAUAGAUCCAUCUCAGGGCAAGCAAGAUGGUGAGUGAGAAUAGAGGCUUUGUUAAGGGUUUUUGUACCACAGUGGUAGUGUCUUUGCCUCUGGGCUGGAAGGCCUGGUUUCAAGGACCACUUGUGCCAGAGGCGUAUCUCAAACUAACUGUUUCAAAACAUCUUGAAGGAUUUACCGAUCAGGCAAAAGUGGUGGUGGGAAGCAGUUCACACAGACUAGGAACACCAAUAAAGAUUUGUUCAUAAGUUUUCAAUUACUAUUAUUAGGAGAACAACAUCAUCACAUUUACUCUAACCCUUUUCCAAAUUAUAUUUGUGCUGCAAAUCCAAUCAUUACUUUACAAGUAGCAGCACAUUUUCUGAAUUUCAUUGCAUGAGUUGAAAUUGUCUUGUUACAUUUUGAUUUGCGGAUUAUUUACAAUUGUAUUUCUUCGCCAAUGUACGAAUUAGAGAGAUCGAGAACUGAUAAUAAGCCUUUGAUAUUGGACCUGUUCAUUGCACAAUAAUAUGGCACUUUUGCCUGGGUUCAAGUCCCAACUGUUCCAGAGAUGUACAAUAAAACCUCUGAACAGGUUGAUUAGAAAUAUGUAGACUGCUUUAAAAUUACAUUGAAUCAUUUCCUGCAUAUUUUUUGUUUGCACUUUUAUGUUCCAUCUAAUAAUAAGCAAUGAUCAGAUUAAUUUAUAUGUGAUUGAAUUAGUAUAUGCAUGUAUAAUAGAGUGGUGAUGUUGUGAGCCCUCAUGAUUUUGAAACAUUUCAGCAUGGAUAUUGAUGUUAGAAAUUGUAAUUAUCAUAUUAUUUAAAGUAAAGAACUUUACAGCUUUGCAAA